AUGUUCAGUAACAAGGUUGUGAUUAGCAUCGAGGAAUGUCGAUUGCGAUUUGAUAUUUACAAUGCCCACUUCGUGAGGAAAGGGCUGGGCCGAUUUGUGGAAAUCGACGAAAGCCUUAGCACCAUUAGGAACCUCCAAAUGUUAGCUGCUGAGUCAUUGCAAAGCGAUGAUAGUGUUGCUUACACUUUUAUCUACCGCCCAUUCUUUUUGGAUUUAAUCUCCAGAUGGGCUCUGACUUGCACACAUGAGAACAAAGAGCUCAGUGUUUCCGUGGCAGACCGUAUGGGACAAGUAAUAGGAAUUUACCCUGAAGCGUUAACGUUGGGUGAGCACUUCUUGGAGAGGCACCAUGAAUAUCUAAAUUUGAUUCUAGAGACACAUUCAUCUCAGCAAGAGCAAACUAUCCAGACUAUCCUGCUUGCAUAUUACCGCUUCAUGCGCCACGAUAGAGAGCGAUUCAAUAAUUUUAUCAAACCUGGUACGCUUUAUGCGUUGCUACAGCAUCCGUUUGCAAAUCGCACGAUACAUUUCAUGGCUGCACAUGUGCUCUCGCUCUACCUGAAUCUGGCCGAACAAGCUGCUCUCAACUUAGUUCAGCAGUAUGUGGAAGACACCGAAGAAAUUUGCGCACAUUAUCAAGGUGACGAGGGAGUUGAUUACAGGUUUUUAGAGCUUAACGAGGCGAGACGCCUUUCGAAGUGCGCUGCAGUGCUUCGUGAAAUUGAAUCUAUGCCUCUAUACCGUUUAGGUCCAAGGGCCAAUUCCAAAGGUGUUUUCAAUAUAAUUCCCACGGAUCUCAGUGAACUUGUUGUCUCCGUGUAUGGAAUUUUAGUACCAAAAGUUAGCGCUUUUCUUAACCCUCAAAGCUCAAGGUUGGACAGCGAGUUUGUCCCUACAGAGGGGUCAGUUUCUGCAAUCCGCUCACUUGCAAAAUCGGUUCAGCUGUCAAAACCUGUGAUGCUCAUUGGCAAGGCGGGUUCAGGCAAAACAUUUCUGAUCAAUCAAUUGAGCAAGCACACAGGCUCGCAGGAUUCGAUGGUGAAAAUUCAUCUUGGUGAACAAACUGAUGCGAAACUACUUCUCGGAACUUAUACAUCUGGCGAAAAGCCAGGCACUUUCGAGUGGAGGGCCGGUGUAUUAACGACGGCAGUGAAAGAGGGAAGAUGGGUUUUAAUUGAGGACAUCGACAAAGCACCCACAGAAGUGUUAUCUGUUCUACUAACGUUGCUGGAGCAGCGUGAGUUGAGCAUACCGUCAAGAGGGGAAACUAUCAAAGCUUCCAAUGGAUUUCAGCUGAUAUCGACUAUAAGGAUCCCAGAGGAUGAUCAUAAAAAUGAGGAGGAGUACCGUCCUGACCUCAUAGGUAUACGGCUUUGGAAUACUGUAAGUCUCAAAGGGCUCAACGACAAUGAACUAGCCAGUAUUAUCAGCCAAAAAUAUCCUACGCUUUCGCAGUUAGCUUCCAGGUUCAUUUCCACCUACAACUCCGUUCGGAGCAUAUACUCGAAUCAGCAGUUCAUAUCUUUCAACCGUGGAGUUCAUCCAAGGGCAGUCACUGUUAGGGAUUUAGUUAAAUUUUGCGAUAGGGUUCAAGAGAUUUUUGCAAGUAACAAUAUCCAAAGCUCCGAGCAACUCAUUCCCUCCGAAGUCUAUGACAGCAUUUUUUUUGAAGCUGCAGACUGCUUUGCUGGCGCUAUCGGCGAAACGAGGGCUUUGAAACCUUUGAUAGAGGCUAUAGGAGCCUCGUUAGAGAUCUCGUCAUCAAGAGUGUCUCUCUAUAUCUCUAACCAUGUUCCAGCAUUCUCAGACACGAGCUCCUCGAUUAUCAUUGGCAGGGCAGCAGUGCCUAAAAACCAUUCCAGUUUACAAAAGAAAUCAGCAAACGAUACUUCAUUCGCUCGUACAAACCAUUCUUUGAGACUAAUGGAGCAGAUAGGAGCUGCUAUCCAAAUGUGUGAGCCGGUCCUUUUGGUAGGCGAGACGGGUACUGGUAAAACUACUGUUGUGCAACAAAUUGCCAAAGCUGUCAAUCAGAGGCUGACAGUUAUUAAUGUCUCUCAGCAAACAGAGAGUGGUGACCUUUUGGGAGGAUACAAGCCUGUGAACACUAAAGCAGUCGCAGUUCCUUUACUUGAAGAGUUUGAAAGCUUGUUUCCUGCAACUUUCUCAGUCAAAAAGAACGAGCGCUUUUACAACAUGCUCCACAAAUGUUUCAAUAAAAACAGUUGGAAGAAUGUCAUAAAGCUAUUAAAAGAAGCCUUCAAGCUCGCUCAGGGUCUUCUUGAAAAUGAUAGUGACGAGAAUAGCGGCAACCGAAAGAAAAAGCGUAAAUUGGAUUCCCACACGAGGCAAAUUUUGUUGGAUAGAUGGUUUGAAUUUAACGAAAACGUCAAACAGUUUGAAGCUCAGUAUUCGUCGAUGGAAAACUCCUUUAUUUUCAAUUUUGUCGAAGGCUCUCUUGUAAAGGCUGUCAGAAACGGUGAAUGGCUCUUAUUGGAUGAAGUCAAUCUUGCGUCAUCUGAUACCCUUGAAAGCAUAUCUGAUCUAUUAGCUGAGCCAAAUUCACGCAGUGUUUUACUAUCAGAGAAGGGUCAGGUUGAACCUAUCAAAGCCCAUCCAAAUUUCAGAAUUUUUGCUUGUAUGAAUCCCGCAACCGAUGUUGGUAAGAGAGAUCUCCCCGCUGGUGUGAGAUCAAGGUUUACUGAAAUUUACGUUCAUUCUCCGGAUCGCGACAUUACUGACCUUCUGUCAAUAAUUGACAAAUACAUUGGCGUGUUUAGUGUAAGUGAUGAAUGGGUUGGGAAUGACGUUGCCGAGCUUUACCUUGAGGCCAAGCGACUUGCUGAAGCUCAGAAAAUUGUUGACGGUUCGAACCAACGUCCUCAUUUCAGUAUACGUACACUGACAAGAACUCUCAUAUACGUCCGCGAUAUUGUUAAAAUCUACGGACUGCGCAGGUCUUUAUACGAAGGCUUCUGCAUGUCGUUUUUAACUCUACUAGAUGAGAAGUCUGAGAGCCUUCUGAAACCGCUUAUUGAGAAGUUCACACUUGGGAGACUAAAGAAUCCAAAAUCUGUGAUUUCGCAAAUACCACCUUGUCCUGGUUCUGAGUACAUCCAGUUCAGACACUACUGGAUGAGAAAAGGACUUCACGAAUGCCUGGAUCAGCCCAACUAUAUCAUAACACCUUUUGUGGAAAAAAAUAUGCUAAAUUUAGUCAGAGCGACAUCUGGCCGUCGCUUUCCUGUGCUGAUUCAAGGGCCCACCUCUGCUGGUAAAACAAGUAUGAUCAAAUACCUUGCAGACAUAACCGGCCAUAAAUUUGUGCGUAUCAACAACCAUGAGCACACAGAUCUCCAAGAAUACUUAGGAACUUACGUGGCUGAUGAGACGGGAAAGCUGAAAUUCCGGGAAGGUGUUCUUGUUGACGCCUUGCGGGAAGGUCAUUGGAUUGUACUGGAUGAACUAAAUUUGGCCCCAACUGACGUUUUAGAGGCUCUGAAUAGGCUACUGGAUGACAACAGAGAACUCUUUAUACCAGAAACACAAGAAUUUAUUCAUCCUCAUCCCGACUUUAUGCUCUUUGCCACACAGAACCCCCCCGGUAUCUAUGGUGGUCGUAAAGUUCUUUCGAGGGCUUUCCGUAACCGUUUUCUAGAAUUGCACUUUGACGACAUCCCACAGGACGAAUUAGAGAUUAUUCUUCGCGAGCGUUGCAGGAUAGCGCCUUCAUAUGCCCAAAAAAUCGUUGAAGUUUAUCGUCAGCUCUCCAUCCAGCGGUCAGCGAUGAGACUGUUUGAGCAGAAGAACAGUUUUGCAACUUUGCGUGACCUGUUUCGAUGGGCACUCAGGGAUGCAGUUGGUUAUGAGAACUUGGCUGCCAACGGAUACAUGCUUCUUGCAGAAAGGUGCAGAACUCAGGAAGAGAAAGAUGUGGUGAAGGCUGUGCUUGAAAAAGUCAUGAAGGUUAAGCUUAAUAUGGAAGAAUACUACAAAACUCUUGAGAACGCAGAGUUAUACAGCAUGAAAAGUUCUGUUAUUUGGACGAGUUCUAUGCGCCGCCUUUCUGUCUUGGUAUCUUCGUGUUUGAAAAACAACGAGCCUGUUCUUCUUGUAGGAGAGACUGGUUGCGGAAAAACGACGGUGUGCCAAUUAAUUGCCAAAUACCUUAGCAAGAAAUUGAUUACUAUCAACGCUCAUCAAAAUACAGAAACCGGAGAUAUCCUUGGUGCUCAACGUCCAAACAGGCAUAGAUCAGACCUUCAAGCGUGUCUCACGAAGGCCUUGCGGAGGGCGCUCGGUGUUGAUGACGAGCAUCAUGCUACUUUGGACGAACUUCUAAACAUCUAUGAAGGAGCUGAUAAGUCAAACGUCGAUCGUGUCGAUAUUGAAGAAAUAGGCAAGCUCAAAGACAGGUUAAAUGUUUUGUUUGAGUGGUGCGACGGUCCUCUCACACACGCUCUCAAAAGCGGGGAAUUUUUCCUACUUGAUGAGAUAUCACUGGCCGAUGACUCAGUUCUGGAAAGACUGAAUAGUGUGCUUGAACCAGAGAGAAGCCUUUUGCUUGCAGAGAAGGGAGGGUCUGAUAGUUUGAUUCAGGCAGCCGACGGCUUUGAGUUUUUCGCUACCAUGAACCCGGGUGGUGAUUACGGCAAAAAGGAACUCUCCCCAGCUUUAAGAAAUAGAUUUACAGAAAUUUGGGUACCUUCUAUGGAGAACUUCGAAGAUGUUCAUAUGAUUGUGUCCUCAAAACUUGAGAAUGAUCUUGCUUCUUUGGCUAGCCCUAUUGUGGAGUUCUCGAAAUGGUUUGGUGAAAAGUUUGGUGGAGGAAGAACAAAUAGCGGAGUAAUAUCGCUUCGUGAUAUUUUGAGUUGGGUGGAGUUUGUCAAUUUAUCUGCCUCAAAAGUACCAAGUCCCAGCUGCGCUUUGGUUCAGGGUGCAAGCAUGGUAUUUAUAGAUUCCCUCGGUACGAAUAACACUGCGUACCUAGCUGACAACGCGGAGACUUUGCUUGCUCAAAAGUUUGAAUGUGUCAAAGUUCUGAGUAGCCUGGUUGGUGUUGACCUAUUCCCGCUUUACCAAGAUGAACCCAUCUUACAAGUUGACGAGCAACAGAUCCGCAUUGGGCUGUUCGGCUUAGAUAAGAGAUGUUCGACGGUUGUCCCUCAAUUCAACUUAAGUGCGCCAACUACUGCAAAAAAUUUGAUGAGGGUUGUAAGGGCUAUGCAAGUUUCGAAGCCUGUGUUGUUGGAAGGCAGCCCUGGUGUAGGAAAAACGAGUUUGGUCUCUGCACUUGCGGAUUGUACAGGCAACAAACUCACCCGUAUCAAUCUAUCUGAACAAACCGACUUGGUGGACUUGUUUGGGUCUGAUGCCCCCGGGGAAAAAACCGGUGAGUUUGUUUGGCGCGAUGCUCCGUUUUUGAGAGCAAUGCAGCUCGGUGAAUGGGUUCUCCUUGAUGAGAUGAACCUAGCCUCUCAAUCUGUCUUAGAGGGUCUCAACGCCUGCCUUGAUCAUAGAGGGGAAGCGUAUGUCCCUGAGCUUGACAGGGCAUUCAAGAAGCAUGCAAAUUUUAGAGUUUUCGCUGCUCAAAACCCACAAUAUCAAGGUGGCGGGAGAAAAGGCCUUCCAAAAUCUUUCGUGAACCGUUUUAGCGUUGUUUACAUGGAUAUUCUCUCAUCUCAGGACUUGUUCUUAAUCGCAACUCAUCUGUACCCAGCCAUAGAUGCUAACGUGUGCUCCAAGAUGAUCGAAAUGAUUUCUACAUUAGAGGAAGAAGUCUCGAACAGAAAACAAUGGGGUCAUGCUGGUUCACCUUGGGAAUUUAACCUUAGAGACACUUUGAGAUGGUUGAAGCUCCUGAACGCGCCGUCAUUUGACAAAGAGAGCGGAGCGGCAGACUACGUGGAUUUAAUUAUAACUCAAAGAUUCAGGACUGCAGAAGAUCGUUCAAAAGUCAAACAAGUUUUUGAAAGAUUCUUUGGGGAAGUUCAUGCUAGAGAAAACUAUUUGGAGGCUGCUCCAGACUAUCUCCAGGUUAAUGGAGAACUCGCGCCAAGAAAUCCAUUUAUCACUCAUACUGCAUUGAGGAACGUAUUACCUUUGCAGUGCAACAUUGGCAUUUACGAGUCGAUGUUGCGGUGUGUGAAUCACAACUGGCCUUUAAUUCUUGUAGGACCAACCAGUUCCGGCAAAACAGAAAUCAUCAGAUAUAUUGCUGGCAUGCUGGGAUCAAAAGUCAUGAACUUUCCCAUGAACAGUGAUAUAGAUAGCAUGGAUAUUUUGGGUGGAUACGAACAGGUUGACCAGAACAGGAAAAUCUCUCAACAGGUUGAUAGGCUAUUUUCUAUCUUGAGACAGUUGUUGGCUAUCAACAUUGCAUCGCAAGAGGCGGGUGAAGAAGCCAAAUUAGUUGCUCUGGAGUUGUUUCAGUUCAUAUCGGCUCAGUCAAUUGAUACAAGCAAACUAGAGCGCCUUCUCCUACUAAUCAAUAAACUCAUGCAAUUUGUGGACACUCCAGAACUUGGGUCGGUCACUGCUGAGCUCGAACUCAUCAAAAAGGGCCUCGGACUAGAAACUGUCAAAUUUGAAUGGUUUGACGGUCUCCUCUUGAAAGCCAUGGAAGAAGGCUCCUGGUUAGUUUUGGACAAUGCAAACUUGUGUUCGCCAUCUGUGUUGGAUAGAUUGAACUCACUUUUGGAGACGGAAGGGCUGUUAAUUAUAAACGAAUGCAGUCAUGAGGAUGGUACGCCCCGUGUGGUGAACCCCCACCCUAAUUUCAGGCUUUUCUUGACAGUUGACCCAAAAUAUGGCGAGCUUUCUAGGGCUAUGAGAAACAGAAGCAUCGAAAUUUACCUCGAAAACUUAGAGCCAAGGGCUUCUUGUUUCGAUAAAGUUAAAUUAAGCAUGAUGGAAGACUUUGGACUAAGCGGUCAAACUAGUUACGAAAGCGAGGCACAAGGCAUGCAAUUAACCAACUCCAUCCCAUUGUCAUCGUUUGUGUCAGCAACCAAUUCACUUGAAACUCAAUAUGCUCUUUUACAUGAUGUCUUGCAGACAUCGGAAAAUGAAAUAAUAGAGUCCGUUGUUUCAAUAAUGCCACAUAAAGCUAUUCCAAAUUUGAGAAGGUGGCAAAACAAUGCUCUUCACUCAAGGUAUUACGAUGAAGUUCGCGCUAUCGAAAAUAUUGCAAACUUCGGCAUGUUUUUGCUAGAGAGUGGAAUUUCCGAGAAAUUCUAUUCUUUGCUGACUGAAUACCAAAGUCUUGGUUCAGGGAUCUUGGGUGAACAAAACAGCUUUGGGAGCAGCCAACAGCUGAUGCCUGCCAUCAACACAUAUGCCUUAAAAACCGUGGAAGCAACUCAUAGGUACGUGUCCUGUGGUGAAUCAGUUUACCUCUUUGAAGUCUGCCGAUUGCUCCAAGCAUCUACAGACAAAUUGACGAAUGUUAGCAGAAGAGCUCAACAGGCAAAGGUUGGUGAUUUGAAUUACGUUGAGAUUUCUGCUGCCCACGCUCAAGGGCGCGCAGUCAAGAAAAUUCCUCAAAUUCCAAUUUUCGAGGCCUUGCAAAGAUUGAAGAACUAUAUUUUGGAGGAGAUGCAAUCAGUACCUCUAUUUUCCCUCCCAGAACAUUAUACCAAGCUCUUCGAGUUGUGCUGCAUCUGGAUGGGGGCUUUCGAGACCUCAAAGACUUUCAACUACGCAAAGCUUAGAGUUUAUCAGAAUGUUUUAGAAACUUGGCAACAUGAAGCCGAAAGCAACGUUAACAACCCGAAGGAGGUCCUCAAAAUCGCGCAGAGUAUCAGCAACCACUUACUUUUGAAAACAGGACGGUCAAUGACUGUGAUUUGGGACGAGUUCAGGCAAGUAUAUCCAAGCUCAUUAAGUUCUUGGCAAAAAUACGAGGCUAUGCUAGCUGUCGCCCAAAAGUUCGACAAUGUUGCACAGAAGCAAUUUUCAGACUCUUAUGAACUAAUCAACAGUUUGAGAACCAUUUUCAAAGAGCUCAGAGAUGCAAUAAUUGCCAACGAAGCAUCAACAUUUGAGGAAGUACUAUCAAAACUUACCCAUGGUGUCGACGAGUUAGAAGAAAUCUCUUCAAAGUUCUUAACAAAGAGAAAACACUUCUUAGAAGAGGUUUUCGAGUCCUUGUUACGUGCUGUGUACUGUAGUGACCGUACCAGCCUUCAACCUGUCCUUCAAAUUUCAACGUACACUUCCUUCUCAACUGAAGUCUUACUCAAGUCAGACGUUGAGUCUCCCUCCUAUCCACCAAUUUUUGACAUUCUCUGGCAAAAAGAAAAUGGUACCUUCAGGUCGCAUGUGUUUUCUGUUUUUGAUAACUCGAUACUCGAGCAUCUUGUUCAAAAAAUUAACAUUUUGAAGCACAUCAGCAAUAGCCAGAUUUCACAGGCGCUAGAGGACGCAUCUGUGCUUUCCCGCGACCUGGUUACGUUCUCGACCUCAGUUUUGAGCAGCAAAGAAUUAUAUUUCAAAGAUCUUCUUUUCGCCUGGUAUGCUAAAAUCGCAUCUUUACACGCAGACAUCAAACCUUCUGCGACAAUCGAGGAAAUAAAGCGUGCAACUUCUACAUCUGAGGAUAGCUGGUUUAAGUCCAUCAACGAAAACUUCCUUCUUGCUGCCAUCAGCCUUGCAUCUGAUUAUCAAUCACAUUCAUCUUUGGGUAAAGCGUGGAUACUGUUUUCAGUGGGCUUGAUGCAGCUUUUUGUUCCAAGUUCUCCAUACGACCCUGCAAUUCAUGAUUAUGUUCUUUUUGAUAACUUCAUGGUCAAAAGGUCCUUUUCAGAAGAGCUCAAAUGUUGUUGGAAAAGCUGUAGAACGGUUUUGAGUGGAGACGAGCCAAUGAUGUUAGAAUCGUUUAUCGAUCAAUCAUGCGAUUUGAGGUCUCCUAAAAGACCUAGAGUGUACAGAUCUGAAGAAGCGCUGGAUCCUCUAUUUGAGGAAUGGAGCGCUUUCAUGAAAUCUACGGUUGGCAUUGAGCCUGUGGAUAAACUAUUAAAGUCCUUGAGUAAGCUAGAGGCGAUGUCGGAGAGUCAGCUGAGCCUGUUCCAACAAAACUCCUCACAAUUUCUCGAGCGUUUGUCGUCAACCUUUUAUCGCUACUCAGAUUUGAACGAUAUAUUUCGUGGCUACAUUUGCGGCUUGAAAUUUGGGUUUGACUUGUUGAAGGAGGGGCAAAAGGAAGAGGGCAAGACAGCUGCAUUUUCGCCAUUGUGGACUCUUGAUUGCCUUGCGUUAACAAGUGCCGAAAAGAUCAAUGGAAGCUUUGCUGAACUGCAAGCAAUUUUCAAGAAAAAGACUGUACAAUCAAUUGAAGUGGAGCGCAUCUCAACGUUUUUUAUGAAGCUUUUCAGUUUCCAUAGAAAAGAUUUGCGCAUGUUGAAAUCUUUUGAUGGUGUUCUACAAACUUUGUACUACAGAUGGUCUAUGCGCCGUUUGCAAGGUGAAAAAGAGGCCCAAUCCCAAGUGGGCAUCUUCAAAUUUGAUGAAAGCGAUACCGAUCCUGAGUCAGAUUUCAAGAAGCUCUUCCCAGAUUACGAAGAUGUGCUUUCCAUGAGCGGAGGAGGCCCGUUAGCACCCACUGAAAACACUUCUCUGGAUGAAAUUUAUUUCAAAAUUGCUAACACUUACUUAGACAUCUUCGACAGAAAGGACAAAAGCAGCUUAACAGAAUUAAUGGCAGAAGGUAUCAAAGUCUGCGACGUGUUAAUGGAUCUCAAAUUAGAUUGCAAAACUAAGGGCCCUGAGGCUCGAGAGUUGACAUCUGUACUAAAUCAACUCAUUAAAGAGAUACGUCUAUUUGAAGUCUCAGGAAGCAAUGAGUCGAUUGAUUUCUACCGAGAAUGUUCUGUAUCUGAAACCAGGAAAGCCUCAUUGGUUGUGCAGAAGCUAUGGUUUUCAGUUAAUAAUUUGAGAAGACAAUGGCCUGAGCACUCCACCCUAAAUGACCUGUUUAGGAUCUGUCAUGAAUUCAUGGAGUACCCAGGAAACACUCCUCUUGCUCGACUUCUACAGAAAGUUGAGCAACUUUUCACCAUCGUAACAGAGUGGGAGAAGUACGCUUCAGUCACCGUAUCUCUUCAAAAUUCGCUAAAAGAGCUCACUGAACUUAUUGUGUCAUGGAGAAGACUGGAAUUGAGUACCUGGAAACGUCUCUUUGACCACGAGGAUUUGGCGCUGAAUAAAAGCUUGGGAAAAUGGUGGUUCUAUCUUUUCGAGACCAUCAUUGUUUCACAAACUACUGAAAGCGUGCUUUCUGAUACCGAGGAUAAGUCUAGUACGAAACUUCUAGUAUCGCUAAACGUGUUCUUGAGCAAAUGUACUUAUGGAGAAUUUGGUGGUAGGCUACGUCUCUUGAAGGCUUUUUCCGAGCACUGCAAGCUCUUGAAAAAUGGAGCCUCAAGAACUACACAUGCAUUGCUUAACCUAAUUACAUUUUAUGAACAAUUUCUCCCUAUUAUCGAAGAAAGGAUACGCGAUGGAAGGAAGAGGCUUGAGAAAGACAUUUCAGAGGUGAUCCUUUUAGCGAGCUGGAAGGAUGUCAAUAUUGAUGCACUGAAGCAGAGUUCGCACCGCUCACACAAUAGCCUUUACAAAUUAGUGAGGAAAUACCGCGAAAUUCUAUCACAGGAUAUGUCCUUAGUUAUUGAAAGUGGCAUCGAUGGUUUGUAUGCAACGGGAGUUGUCAAGGUUAUAUUUGAACCCCUUUUGAAUGAUAAUGUUGAAUUUGAUGAUUUACAAGGUGUCGUGUCGGCUGUACCCUCGUGGAGCACCAGACCUGCACCAUUAAAAGACAUUGCUUUGACCACGAAAAACAUGUCACUCUACCACUCGAAAAUUGAGGCGGAAGAGUUACCAAGUUUCACGGAAUAUGUGAAAGACGUCUCUGAAGAGGCAGCACGCCUUCGCAAAGAGACUCCAAAGGUCUACAAUAAAAAAGAGAAGAAGUUGCUUGCCGCUUUGAAGAUUCAAAAGUCAAAGCUGUUGAACGACACUAUCAAAGAAUUGAGAAGGAUGGGAUUGAAAACUGGCUUUAGAGAGGAUAUUCGCAGAGUACAAGGGAGCGUAACCUCAAUAUUGAGUAGUGUCGAUUCAUUCAAGGAAACUGCAUUACAAGAUUGUGACAGGAGCUUCAACAGGAUUUUAGAACUCAUGCCCCGUCUUCGUGUCGUUGCUUCAAAUCCUGCAGAAGGCGCACCUAUCUCUGCAAUUGAAAAAGGAAUGGCGUUAAGCGAAAAUCUGUUAUACCUUCUUAUCACCUCCCGUGGCCAGCUGCGUAAAUUCGCAGAUAACUUGCACGCAACUGCUCAACUACGCAAAGAACUGGACAGCAUUGCUUCAACAAAAAGCGCUCUUCUAAAUCCAUCUCUAAAGACUAACUACGAGACAUUUUCACACCUCUGCCAAUGGCUUCCCGAAAUUCUAAACUACGCACUUGAAACUCUAGAUCUUGUCUCGAAAGGUCCUAGUCAUCAAAAAGAAACAUUAACUGAUGCCUUGGUCAAAGUCGCUGAAUUUAGAUCCACUUGUGGCGCAGAUGUUCUUGAUAAUGAGCAGCAAAAUAUUAUGAAGAAAUUUUGGCAUUUCUGUGACAAGCUAACAAAGUCUCUUUCAGAGAACAGCUCUUCGGAGAGCUUUUUUGUCUCACAGACGGUUGUUGAGUGGAUUCAGGAAAACAGGCUUGUUAAAAAGGCGCAAGUUGAUCAUGAGAAAAGCGAGAACGUCGAAAGUGUUGAAAAAGCUUUCCGCAGAGUCGCCGUGUCGAUUUUGCUCACUGUCCAAAAGCUCUUGGAGGAUCAAGAUAUUUCCUUGACAAUGGAAGAAGACAAAUGGCUUGUUUUGUCUCACAAGAGAGUCAUGAGUCUGUCAAAAAAGGUGCUCUCUGUUGAUGUAUUAUCAAAAAUGGCUGACGCUUUGACCCUAGUUAAGUCCCAUAAUUUCUCGAGGCACAACUCAAAAUUUGUUUCAGCAAUUGCCCAACUUACAAUGCCAAUCAUCUCGAAGUACUACCAAAUUUUGAUCUCCCUCAUCAACAAAAUCAAGGCACAUUACUGCUCAUUGUCGCAUGGUACUCUCACUUUAGAGAUUCUUCUCUACAACCUUGGAAAAGAUGGGUUUUGCUCACCUAAUCCACCCGAUGAGGAAACUACAGAUGAAAACCUUCAUGAUGGGACUGGACUGGGUGAUGGGGAAGGCGCCCAGAACAAUAAUGACGGUGUCGAAGAAGACGAAGAUUUGCUUGAAGAUGCUCAAAAACCAAAUAAAGACAAAAAUGAAGACGACGGCCAAGAAGAAAAUGACGAUGAUAACGCAAUUGAUAUGGAAGGCGAUAUAGCUGGUGAUCUGGAAAAUGCGAGCGAAGGUGAUGAGGAUGAUCAGGACAAUAGCGAGGAAGAAGACCUAGAUGAAGAAGUGGAUGAUCUCGAUGAGGACGAUCCUAAUGCCAUUGAUGAAAAGAUGUGGAACGAAGACGCGAAAGAUUCGAACAAAGAAAAGAACGCCGAGGAAACUCCUCAAAACGCUACAAACGAUGACAUUCAGGCCGCCGAGGAUGAUGAAGAGAAAGAAGGUGCUGAAAACGGAGAUAACAAAGCCCAACCUCAAAAGGAUGAAGGAGAAGAAAAAGAUGAAGGUGAAGAAAUGGAAUCUGGCUCCGAGUCAGAGCAAGAAGACGAGGCUGGUGGUGAAAACGAUGAAGUUAAAAACGAAGAAGCCAAUGAGCUCGAAUCUAACGUUCCAGAAGUUGAAACUUUAGAAUUGCCUGAGGAUAUAAACCUAGAUUCGGGCGACGAGGGAUCUGAAGAUAACAAUGAAGAUGAAGACAGUGGCGAGGAUAUGGACUUGGAUGAGCAAAACCCGCUUGCCGAGGAAGACAAAGAUUCUGAAUCUGGCAAUCCAGAAGAUGCCGAAGAGAACAACAAGCUGCAAAACGAAGCCUCCGAUGAAGAAAUGGCGGAAGAAAGGGAAGGAGAGAACGAAGAAGAUGGAGAAGAAAAAGAAGAAGAAGAGGAAGUAGCUGACUUCGAAAAUGAAAACCUUGAAGAAUCAGAAAAGAAUGAAGAACAAGGCGAUGCUGACUCAGACCAUGAGCUUGCUGCAGAGGAGCCCGAUAAUGACGGCGAGGAUAAAGAAGAAGAAAACCAGGAAGCGGGCGGAGACGAAAGCGCCACUGAUAAAAUGGAAGGGUUGGAUGGCGCUGAUGAUAUGAUGGACAUUGAUAAUGAUGAUUUUGACUCAGCUGUGCAGCAAAAAAGCGGCUCCAAUGGGGAAGGCGCAGAUGCAGCAGAUGAAGAAGAGAACCAAAAUGUUGGAAGUUUCGGUAGCGCGCAGCAAGAACAGAAAGAGCGCGAAGAAUCAGAAGUGAAUGAAAGCUCCCGCCAGGAAGCUAAAGAGAGCUUAAAGCAGCUUGGUGACAGUCUCAAAGAAUUCCACAGACGCCACCAGGAAAUUAAGGAAUCUUCGAAUCCUGAAAAAGAGUCUGAAACAGAAGAAGUUGCAAAUCAACGCCCUGACGAAUUCGAACAUGUUGAUGGGGCUAAUACAAAUACUGAUACACAGGCACUUGGUUCUGCAAACCAAGACCAGAUAACAUCCAUUGAUGAAGAAAAGGCAAUUGAUGACGACAUGGAAGACAAUGAUAAUUCUGAAGAGAACAACGUUUCAGAGCAGAUCAAAGAAGAGGGACAGAAUGAACCUAAUCAACAAGUGGAGACUGAAACAUCACAGGAACAAGACAGCGAAGCUAAAACUCAAAGCGCUGUACAGCCAGAUAGAGGUGAUUUUGAAACUCAACCAUCCUUGCCUGACCUUGACAAUCUAGAAAUAGAAAGGAACGAUCUAGACGAAAUUAUCGAUGCUAUUGACCAUAAAGUCACACUUGAAGAAACAACCGCAGAACCCCCAAGGUCACUAGAAGAAUCUCGUCAGCUGUGGAGAAAAAGCGAAAGCGAGACCGCUGAACUUUCAGCAGGGUUGGGCGAGCAGCUGCGAUUGAUCCUUGAACCAACGCUAGCCACAAAAUUGAAGGGCGAUUACAAGACCGGUAAGAGACUAAACAUGAAAAGAAUUAUCCCAUACAUCGCAUCGCAAUUCCGUAAAGACAAAAUUUGGCUGAGGAGAACGAAACCCAGCAAGCGCCAAUAUCAAAUUAUGAUAGCUGUUGAUGACUCCAAAUCGAUGAGCGAGUCGAAGUCUGUUGACCUCGCUUUCCAGAGUAUAUGCUUGGUGUCAAAGGCUCUAACUCAGUUAGAAUCAGGUGGCCUUUCUAUUGUUAAAUUUGGCCAAACGACACAAGAAGUCCAUCAAUUUGAUCAACCAUUUGGAGUUGAUGCUGGUGCUAAGAUUUUCCGGUGGUUUGAUUUCCAAGAAACCAAGACCGACGUUAAGAAACUUGUGGCCGAAUCAAUUCGAAUUUUCGACCGAGCUCGCGCCUCUAGUAGUGCGGAUUUGUGGCAGCUUCAGCUUAUCAUCUCUGAUGGUGUCUGCGAAGACCAUGAAACAAUCCAGAGAUUGGUUCGCUGUGCCAGAGACAACAAAAUCAUGCUUGUUUUCGUUAUUGUCGAUGGCAUCAAUUCAUCCGAGUCAAUCAUGGAUAUGAGCCAGGUCAAGUACCUACCUGACCAGUAUGGAAAUUUCCAAUUAAAGGUGGAAAAAUACCUGGAUACGUUUCCGUUUGAAUUUUACGUGGUUGUUCACGAUAUUUCUGAGUUACCGGAAAUGCUUUCCGUUAUUUUGCGUCAAUACUUCUCAGAGCUAGCAUCUUCAUAG